AUGAAGUCAGGCUCUGCCUCCAACAUUGUCGUCUUAUACUGGCAUCGAACUGACCUUCGACUUCAUGAUUCACCGGCUCUGCACGCUGCACUGGCUUUGGAGCCAUCAGUCUUCAUCCCUGUUUGGACGUGGGAUCCCCACUACGUCUACAGAGCCCGAGUCGGGCCUAACAGAUGGAGAUUCCUUUUGGAAUGUCAGAGCGACCUAUCGAAGUCAUACACAAAACUCAACCCAAAACAAAAACUUUGGCUUGUCCGUGAGGCUCCACAGACAGUUCUACCCAAGCUAUGGAAAAAAUGGGGAAUCACCCACCUCGUCUUCGAGAAGGAUACCGACCCUUAUGCUCGCGAGCGCGACGAAGCUAUUGUUCGACUAGCUGAAGAAGCAGGCGUCGAGGUUGUCGUGAGAAUGGGUCGAACCCUAUUUGAUCCUGAUGAUUUGGUCCGGAAAAAUGGAGGCAAACCGACUAUGAGCAUGGCCCAAACUGAAAAGGCUGCCGAGAAGAUCAACCGGGGACAGCCAGAUAGGCCAGUCGAGACACCCAAGAGUGUUCCUGAUGCUUGGGCCAAGGACAAGAUGGAUCUAAGUGAUAUCGAGCACGAGUUUGCAAAUCCGACGCCCGACUUGAACGCAGAUCACCGCGGGAGCAAAGACAAGCAAUACUCGCAAAUCAUGGGGCCGAAUAAUGACUUUGGCGUACCGACCAUGGAGGAAAUCGGUAUCGACCCAGCUCUAGCAACAACUCCACACCGUGGUGGCGAGUCUGUGGCACUAAAGAUGCUGGCGGACCACAUUUCCAACGAGGAAUACAUUGGCACAUUCGAGAAGCCCAAGACUUCUCCGGCAGCAUUCGAGCCUCAAGCUACCACCCUCCUCUCUCCUUACUUACACUUCGGCUCCCUCUCCGUUCGAAAAUACUGGUGGGACGUGCAAGAUGUCAUGACCAAGCGCAGAAAAGCAAAUCAACCCAACGCCUUUGUCCCGGUAAACCUGCCCGGCCAGCUGCUCUUCCGCGAUAUGUACUUUGCAGCGCAAGCGGCGGUCGGCGCUCCCUACGCGCGUGUACACGGUAACAAAAUUGUCCGCUUCAUUGACUGGCACUUGCAAUCAAAACCACACCGGCCCGCUGAGAAAGAUGGGGAGGCGCUGCCCGAGCGCGACUAUGAAGUCGACUCCCCCGAGGCUGAGGAGUGGUUCCAACGGUGGAAAACGGGUCGAACAGGAUUUCCCUGGAUUGACGCUCUGAUGCGCCAGCUCAGAUCAGAAGGCUGGAUCCACCAUCUGGGUCGGCAUAGCGUUGCAUGUUUCCUGACUCGCGGUGGGUGCUACGUCAGCUGGGAACGUGGUGCUGAGGUGUUUGAGGAACUGCUAAUUGACCACGAGACAUCCGCAAAUGCGGGGAAUUGGAUGUGGCUUUCCUGCACAGCAUUCUUCGCCCAAUUCUACCGCUGCUACUCGCCCAUAGCGUUCGGGAAGAAGUGGGAUCCCAAUGGCGACUUUAUUCGUCGCUAUGUACCUGAACUAGCCAAGUUCGAUAAAAAGUUCAUCUACGAGCCUUGGAAGGCGCCGAUCGCCGAUCAGAAAAAGUGGGGGUGUAGGGUUACGAAUGACGACAGUGCUGCGGGUGGCCAGUCGUAUCCAAAGCCGAUGUUUGAUUUUGAUAAGAGGAGGCAGAUUUGUCUGGAUAGUAUGAAGAAUGCGUAUGAUGUUGGAUUGCAUGGCAAUGAUGAACAGGUUUUGGAUGGGUCGUGGAGGAAGCUGUUUGGCGAGAAUGGGGGAGGUGAGGAGCCUAAAAAGAAGAGGCAGAGGACAGGGGAUGAAGAUGAGUGA